GACGAUGCACAUGAAGACGUCGCUGUUAAACUGACAAUGGAGAGGGAGAAGCAUCCAGGGUUGUAUGUGACAACUUGUAAUGAAUACAGGGAUGUUGACUACAAGGCUGCCGCUCUUAAGAGCAUCGGCAAGGAAAUCGCUGGCAGCGUGCCCACAGUAGAAACCAAAAUGAAAUCUUUACGCACGAUGCUCGCUCGAGCUGUAAAGUGCCCUCCAUCCGGAAGCUCCCGGAAGAAGCUGCCGAAGAAACAAGAAUGGGUGAAAGAAAACCUACAGUUUUUGUUGCCCUAUAUGAACAUAGGCAAAACGUCAACGAAUCUCAAGGCACAAGCAAACACCCCUAAUGAUUUUGAAGAAGGAUUGGAAAGAAAAGAAGAUUCAAACGAUGAUUCAGAUGGUGAUAUGGUUGAAGAGGACAAGGUUGUGGAAGGCCGUGAAAAGUUGCCGGAUGACCCAGAGGUCCCUCCUAUGACAUCGGAAGGUCCGUCGACCAAACGCCGCAGCUCUUCUCCUGCCGAACGGUCCACCACAGCCGACAAAGCUAAGAACGGGAGGACUACCAAGACACUGAGGAAGGGCAAAAUGAACCAGUUUGAAGAAGAAGAGUUGAGCCUGCUGAAAAAACUUACAAACCCUUGUGAGACACCUGCAAAACUUAAUCAGGACAUGGACGAAAUGGACUCUUUCUGUCGCCAUCUCUCCUUCAGACUCAAAAGGCUGGAUAGGCGUGGUCAGAUGAUGGCAGUACACAAAAUCGAAAAUGUCGUGUUUGACAUCGAGUAUAGUGGUUUGUGUGCAGGCAUUGUUUUGAUCAUCCCACUCCACAAAGCAGUGGGAUGCUUCCACCAUCCGCCUACUUUCCUGCUGCCAGAUUCGAUACCCUAACAACGGGUAGCCCGUUUCCCCAACCUCGGCACCAAUACGUUCCGGGGGUGCCUACUGCCCUUAAUAAACCCAACUUCCCCCAGUUUAUAGUUUCUUCCCCCGAUACGCAAUUUUCAAAGGAUGACAACGCUGGCUAUGAGAGUUCGGAUAGGCCCUUCCAGUUAACCUCCCUGUGAGCUAUGACUUCAACAACUUGUUCUGUAUGUAUCAAACCUUUUCCUUUC